CGGAGGUCCCGGGAAAAGCAGCUGUGCUGUGGUGCUGCUCGGUUCGGUUCUUCGGCAGAAUUCAGCCCUAUGGAGAACGACGUGCUUCUGUCUCUGGAGGAUCUCGGGUACCAGGGUCCAUUGCUGGACAAUGAAGCCCUGGAAAGAGCUGUCUGCGGGGGGGCCGCUUCCCCAGAGUUCACCAAGGUCUGUGCCUGGAUUGUGUCGGAGCUCCGACUUUACUGCAGGUUGGAGGAGAACGUCCACGCCACCAACUGUCCUACUGAAGCAGACAGCUUCCAGCUGGAGAUGAGCGGCCUCCUGUCUGAGCUGGCCUGUCCCUACCCCGCCCUCACCGAUGGAGACGUCACCCAGAGGUUCCUCAGCAGGAGCCACUGUCUGCUGCUGCUGACAUUCCUGGUGUCUGAGCUGGAGGCCUCCAGGAUGAUCCUGGUGAACAAACCCCAGAAGAAGGCCCAGGAGUCCGGCAGCCCCAUCUUCCAGGAGCUGAAGGGCAUCUGCAUGGCCCUGGGCAUGUCCAAACCUCCUGCCAACAUCACCAUGUUCCAGUUUUUCACCGGCAUCGAGAAGAAGCUGAAGGAAGCCCUGAGUCGAGUCCCGGCUGGUCACGUGGGGGAGCCACUGCUGCAUAGGCCGCUAGGACCCGUGCACUUGGAGAAGAUUGAGGCCAUAAACCAGACGCUGGUGAACGAGUACGAGGUACGGAGGAAGACGCUGCUGAAGCGCCUGGACGUGACGGUGCAAUCCUUCGGCUGGUCUGACAGAGCAAAGGUGCGGGCCGAGAAGCUGGGGCAGGUGUACCAUCCGCUGCGCUCGGCGCUCGCCGCCAGGAGUUGCGUCUCUGUGGCUCACCUUCUGGCUGCUCGGCAGGACUUCUCCAAGAUCCUGAGAACGAGCAGCGGGAAGAUUCGGGAGAAGACGGCCUGUGCUAUCAACAAGCCUCUGCACCCCCACAGAGUUUGAGGUCUACGUUUUUUGUUUGGAGACUGGGGAGGUUGGAGGGGCCGCGGUUUGCCUUCUUCAGAUGAGUCUGAAAUGUUUUCUGUUAAAGAUGGAAGCGCCGGGGGGAGGGGGGUCGCAUGGACAAGCAAACAAUUAAAAAAAGUGCUGCUGUCUUUGUGGAUUUGUGGUUUCAUUCACUUGAACGAGUCAAAACUGAACAUUUUUACCCUCUUUCUUCAGCCACGAUUACCUUUUUUCCUAAAAAAAAAAAAAAUCUCUGUGUUUGCAUUUGAAAACAAAAAUCUAUACGUUUUUGUUUUCAAAUUGAAAGUUGCCUGAACGAAAGGAAUGUUGUCUGGGGGACCCCUUAACUUUUGAACAGUCGUGUAUACUGUAUCUCGAGCCAUGUUUCUCCUUCAGAAUCUGCUGGAAUGAUCUUAACGGUUGAAAAGUAAAUCAAAGAACAUAAACUCCA